AUGAGGCUAAAAGAACACAGUCACGUUGAAUGCUGAAAAUAGAAUUGCAGAUUUAUUUGCAUAUCCAGUUUAUUUCUGUAUUCCGGUUGGCCCCAAAGUGGUUCACCUUGACACAGAGCAGCAAAUGGUGGCAGUGGCGAGGGAGGAGGGUUUAACGGCUUAAUUACAACCACGGGAUAGUCCUCCCUUAAGGAAAAAUGGCAGGAGAACCUUCCCUCGGAGGGCUGUGCAAAAACAGGGUAACACCCCACCCCUGGCCCGGGGAAUGUGUUGGUGGGUUUCAAAGAAGUACUGUGUGCAGCUGAGUGUGCAUGUCCUCUUGGCAUUACUAUUUCAAAGUUCACUUAACAUUGCAAGACUCAAACAUUGCAGAGCCGCUCACAUGGCCUCAAAUUCUGCAGAACGGUUUGGAAAGCAGCGAUCUGAGAUUUAAAUUCCUCCUACCCUACGACUGGGGUAGGAAGGGAGCAAAGAGGCAAGACCUGAGUUUAUGGGGCAAGAGAGGAGCUGGCAGGAUCUGGAGGAACAGGUCCCAAACCCACACAGAAUUACAGACCCGUCAGCAGGGAGGGUCCUGACCCUGCCUCUGGUACCUGGACAGCCCUCACCUUUAAGCUCGUCAUCUCUCUCCUCUGCAGUCAAGAUGCAGCGACUCUGCGCCUAUGUCCUGAUCCUGGUGCUGGCUCUGGCCGCCUGCUCUGAAGCUUCUUGGAAGCCUGGCUUCCAGCUGCAAGAUGCGUCCUCGGGACCAGGAGCCAACAGGGGCAAAGAGCCACAUGGGCUGGAUGGGCUUGGCCCAGCCUCUCACCGCCGAAGGCAGCUGGGGCUCCAGGGGCCCCCUCACCUGGUGGCAGACCUGGCCAAGAAGCAGGGGCCGUGGAUGGAGGAGGAAGAAGAAGCAUAUGGAUGGAUGGACUUCGGCCGCCGCAGUGCUGAGGAAGGAGACCAACGUCCCUAGAACCGAGCUCCAGAGCCCAGCCACCUCCCAGGCCAGCCCAGUCCAGCCACAUGAAAGCCAAGUCCCAAUAAACUAGCUUCC